AUGCAGAAACUCUUUGUGAUCGGUGUCUAUGUGGAUGACCUAAUUGUUACUGGUACUAGUGCACGAGAGAUCAGGCAAUUUAAGCAGCAGAUGAUGAGAGAGCUUGAGAUGAGUGACUUAGGACAUCUUUCAUACUAUUUGGGCAUUGAAGUGGAGCAAAGGAAUCAUUGCAUCUCACUGAAGCAAGCCUCAUACUCCAAGAAAAUACUGGAGCUAGCAGGUAUGAGUGAUUGCAAUCCCACAAAAUGCCCGAUGGAGCCCAAGCUGGAGCUUAGAAAAGAAGAAGGAGGCGAGCCUGUGAACCCAACUGAGUACAUGCGUCUGAUUGGAAGCCUAAGAUAUUUGCUUCACACCCGACCGGAUCUGGCCUACGUUGUCGGGAUGGUGAGCAGAUAUAUGGAGAGGCCACAAAGUUCAUAUCUCCAAGUUGUCAAGCAGAUACUGAGGUAUGUGAAGGGGAGUAUCAACUUUGGCCUGUGUUAUACUAGGGGAGGAGAUGAGAACCUAGUCGGGUACAGCGACAGCAAUCUCGCCGGUGAUGUUGAUGACAGGAAGAGCACAAGCGGAUUGGCAUUUUACUUCUGUGGGAAUGUGAUAUCUUGGGCAUCGCAGAAGCAGAAGAGCGUGGCGUUAUCAUCAUGUGAAGCCGAGUUUAUGGCAGCCACACACAGUAGCAGCUUGCCAAGGCAUAUGGCUGAGGGCAUUGUUGAGCGAACAUAG